UAAGCUUAGAUUAUUUUACUUUUUCCUCCUGACUUCGUCGUGUUAACUUGUACAGUAUUAUUAUACAAUAAAAGUUAAAGUCUGAGUGCAAGUUUCAUUCAACAUGGAUCCUGAACCACCUGAAGGCUUAACGCCGACAGCAGCGGUGGGAUCACAAGCCAGUGGUCCCGAACAAGCACCACAGCCUGCGCUACUCCAGUCUCCGGGUCCUGCAGCGUCUGGGCCUCCGGAUCCGACGUUCACCAUGGAACAGGUCAUGUCUCUUGUUCGUUCUAUUACUAAUCAGGCAACUACUAGUGCUGUCAGUGCUGCGCUUUCAGCGGAAACUGCGCCUUCGCGGCACCGUAUGGAUUUUUAUUUGCCUCCUUUUGACCCGGACCAACGAUCUCAUGAUAUAAGAGAUUGGUGCGCGCAUAUCGACGACACUAUCCAAAAAUUUAAAAUACCUACACAUGAAGCCCGUAUGAAGGCUAUUCUUCAAUUGAAAGGCAGAGCCAAGACUUGGGCCGAUACUUGGUCUCUGCGCUCGACGACUUGGGAGCAAGUGAAACUGGAACUAAUACAGACUUUUGGCAGGGAAUUCCGGUACUUCGACGACGUCCAGAGGUGGCGCGCCUACACCUCUGAUCAGGCGACCAGCUAUGCAGAGUACGCUACGACUGCCUGGACCCUGUUCAAGAGAGUGAGGCCCGAGGCUUCGGACGCCGAGGCGGUGGACGCCGUGAUUACAGGUAGUGAUAAACAGCGCGAGGAGCGCGCUGGAGUCAGUAUGGCCGUAUGGGCGCGGCAGCCCUUUAUUUGAUUUUGCAAGUUUUAUGUUACGCUAGUGUCAUCUAUCGGAUAUUUUGGAAACUACUUAUAACUUGGUCUUGUAGUUGACUCGAACUAAAUUAAGUACUUAAUUUUUGCAAUAUUAUGUUUGAUGUUUAAAAUAUUAUGUGUAAAUAUAUUAAUAAUAGUA